AUGUAUGAGGAAAUCAUAAGGGCAACAGAAGAUUUUGAUUCCACAUAUUGCAUUGGAAAGGGAGGACAUGGAAGCAUCUACAGAGUGAAUUUGUCAUUUGGAGACAUAGUGGCCGUGAAGAAACUCCAUCUGCUAUGGGAUGGCGAGACAGAAUUUCAGAAGGAGUUUUUGAAUGAAGUAAGGGCACUCAGUGAGAUAAGACAUCGGAAUAUUGUGAAGUUCUAUGGUUUUUGCGCAAAUAAACGACACUCGUUUUUGGUGUAUGAGUAUCUUGAAAGAGGUAGCUUGGCUGCAAUGUUGAGCAAAGAUGAAGAAGCUAAAGAGUUUGGGUGGAGUAAAAGGGUGAAUAUUGUUAACGGCUUAGCUCAUGCCUUGUCUUACAUGCACCAUGAUUGUUUGCAACCGAUCGUACAUCGUGACAUCUCAAGCAAGAACGUUUUGUUGGAUUCUGAAUAUGAGGCCUGCAUUUCCGACUUUGGCAUUGCUAAGUUUUUAAAUCCAGACUCAACUAAUUGGACUGCUGCUGCAGGCACAUAUGGCUACAUGGCACCAGAGCUUGCAUAUACAAUGGAAGUGAACGAGAAGUGCGAUGUUUAUAGCUUUGGAGUUGUCACACUGGAAAUAAUUAUGGGAAGCCAUCCAAGAGAUGUUUUCUCAUCUUUAUUAUCAGGGGCAGCAUCAUCGGCCUCAUCUGCAUCACCUUCCCUUGAAAUGCCAAUUUCGGAUGUUCUGGACCAACGCAUCUCCCCACCCACAAAACAAGAAGCAGGGGAGGUGGUCUCUCUUUUGAACAUCACGUUUGCAUCCUUGAAUCCCAGUCCACAAUCUCGUCCAACAAUGAAGAAAGUAUCUAAGCUCCUCUCAUCAACUCAGAGGCUGCAUCUGCCAAAGCCAUUACAUAUGACAACAUGUGGUGAAUUGCUUGCUCUUGAUGGCUUCAUUGCCUAA